ACAACUCCACCUACAUCUUGACUUGACGUGCCUGAAAACAGCAACAACAGGAAACCAGAAUACUUUCACUCAGAAGAAAAGCAGCCGCCAAGCUAGAGGGUUACAGUCGCCACCAGAUCAAAGUCUCCUAGAGGGAGAAGAGCUGCAAGAGCGCAGGAGGAGAGGGAAUAUUAGAAAGGAAAUGGCUUCAUCAGAGCCGGAGCCUCUGUGUGAUCUGCAUGGUGAAAAGCUGAAGCUCUUCUGCCAGGACCACCAGCAGCCUGUGUGCACCAUCUGCAGGGACUCCAAGGCGCACAGCAACCACCGGUUCACGCCGGUCAACGAGGCCGCGGACGAUUACAAAGAGGAGCUGACGGGCUUCCUGUCGCUCAUCCAGGAGAAACACCGCUUCUUCGUAGAGAUUAAUGGAAACUACAAUCAAACCGCCGAACACAUCCACGUUCAGGCCCAACAUACGGAGAAGCAGAUCAGGGAGAGUUUUAAGAAGCUUCGGGCGUUUCUACAAGUGGAGGAAGAUGCCAGGAUUGCAGCUCUGAAGCAGGAAGAGCAGCAGAAGACUCGGGCGGUGACGGAGAAAAUCCAACGUCUCGAAGCGGAGAUAGAGGCUCUUUCAGAAACGAUCAAAUCAACGGAGCGGGACCUCAGGGACACAGAUGUCUCGUUUCUGCAGAAAUACCUGACCGCGGUGGAAAGAGUCCAGCUCAGCCUCCUGGUGGACGAUCCCAAACUGAUCCCAGGAGCGCUGAUCAACGUGCCGAAGCACCUGGGCAACCUGAGCUUCGACGUCUGGAACAAGAUGAAGCAGGUCGUCUCCUACUCGCCCGUGAUUCUGGAUCCAAACACCGCUCAUCCGGACCUCAUCAUAUCUGACGGUCUGACCAGCGUGAGGCGGGAGAGAAGACAGGAUCUACCGCGAAACCCAGAAAGGAUUCAGUCCUAUCCGUCCGUCCUGGGCUCAGAGGGCUUUGACUCAAAGGCUCACAGCUGGGACGUCGAGGUGGGCGACAGUCCUGUGUGGUCGGUGGGAGUCUUAGCGGCGCCUGCCCAGAACCAGAAUACGGCCCACGACCCGAGCAAACUGCUCAGAGUGGCUUACUGCGACGGCGCGUACACAGCGGACGCCGGCUCAAAUCGCCCCGUGAACCUCGCAGUCAAGAAAAACCUGAAGAGGAUCCGGCUUCACCUGGACUGUGAGCGGAAGAGGCUGACGGUCGUCGACCCGGAGACCAAAGCGAACCUCCACACCUUCACAGUCAGCCACUCAGAGCCGCUCUAUCCGUACUUUAACGCAGUGAACGCACAAGCACUGAAGAUAGCGCCAGUGAUGGUAUCUGCAGAGCCGUGUUUGGACGCAUGAGAGAUGAUCCGAAUCUAAAUGAUGCGGGAGAGCCGGCUGGUCCUGUUUCCCUGAAACAAAACAAACGAGCCUUUCUCUCUGUG